GCCCCGCGGAGCGGAGACGGCACCUACCUGUGGCAUGGCAGAGGAUCUUCUUGCACAAGAGCCUAGAAGCAUUUAAAAUUUGCAGAAUGAAAAGAUGGCACGGGCAAUGCUGGUACCGCCAGGACCUGAAAGCUUCUUCUAUUUCACCAAGGAAUCUCUUGCAGCUAUUGAAAAACGUAUUGCUGAUGAAAUAUCUCGUUGUGACAAAGAUGAGCCUAAAGAUGAUGGUGGUCAUGAAGAAAAUCGCCCAAAGCCAAGUAAUGACUUGGAGGCAGGAAAGAUACUGCCAUUUAUUUAUGGUGAUAUUCCUUCAGGAAUGGUGUCUGAGCCCCUGGAGGACCUGGACCCAUAUUACAUCAAUAAAAAAACAUUUAUAGUAUUGAAUAAAGAGAAGAAAAUCCACAGGUUCAGUGCCACACCUGCCUUGUACCUUUUCUCUCCUUUCCAUGUUAUUAGAAGAAAAGCUAUUAAGAUUUUGGUUCAUUCAUGGUUCAGCAGUCUCAUUAUGCUCACUAUUAUGGCAAACUGUGUAUGUAUGACAUGGGCUAAACCUCCAGAAUGGAUGAAGAUUGUAGAGUACACUUUCACUGGAAUUUAUACUUUUGAAUUUCUAGUGAAAGUCCUUGCAAGUGGCUUCUGUAUAAAUGAUUUUACUUGCCUUCGUGACCCCUGGAACUGGCUUGAUUUUAUUGUCAUUUCCUUAGCGUAUAUAACAGAAUUUGUAAACCUGGGCAAUGUGUCAGCUCUUCGAACUUUCAGAGUAUUGAGAGCUUUGAAAACUAUUUCUGUAAUUCCAGGCUUGAAGACUAUUGUGGGAGCCCUAAUUCAGUCUGUGAAGAAGCUCUCAGAUGUGAUGAUCCUGACUGUGUUUUGCCUGAGUGUAUUUGCACUAAUAGGAUUGCAGCUGUUUAUGGGCAAUUUGAAGAAUAAAUGCUUGUUCUGGCCGUCAGAAAAUUCAACAGCUUUUGAAAAAUACGUAGUUCCAUACUUUAAUGGUACAGAAUUUGACUGGGGAGCAUACAUUAAGGAAGAAAGUCACUUCUAUCGCCUAGAAGGAGCAAAGGAUUGUCUGCUUUGUGGCAAUAGCACAGAUGCAGGUAAAUGUCCAGAACAGUUUAUCUGUGUGAAAGUUGGUAGAAACCCCAACUAUGGAUAUACUAGCUUUGAUACAUUCAGUUGGGCUUUCUUGUCACUGUUUCGACUGAUGACACAGGAUGGCUGGGAAAAUCUUUAUCAGUUGACGCUACGAGCUGCUGGCACAGCAUACAUGGUAUUUUUUGUUGUGGUGAUUUUUCUGGGUUCCUUCUAUUUGAUUAACUUGAUUUUGGCUGUGGUUGCCAUGGCCUAUGAAGAACAAAAUCAAGCAACUAUCUUUGAAGCAGAGCAGAGGGAGGCAGACUUCCAGCUGAUGCUUGAACAGCUGAGGAAGCAGCAAGAAGCAGCUCAGGCAAUAGCUGCAGCAGAGAUGACUGAGUACAGUGGUGAAAGUGGGAAUGCUGGACCCUCAGAUACUUCUUCAGAAGCAUCCAAACUUAGCUCAAAAAGUGCCAAAGAAAGGAGAAAUAGAAGGAAGAAAAGAAAGCAGAGAGAGCUCUCCGGAGAAGAAAAUGACAUAAAGCUUUCAAAAUCUGAAUCAGAUGGAAGUAUCAAAAGUAAAGGUUUCCGUUUUUCUUUUGAUGGGAACAGACUUACUUAUGGGAAACCAUUUACAUCACCUCACCAGUCUCUGCUGAGUGUUCGUGGCUCCCUGUUUUCUCCCAGGCGUAGCAGCAGAACAAGCCUUUUCAGUUUUAGAGAAUACAGAAGGGAGAGAGGAUCUGAAAAUGAGUUUGCUGAUGAUGAGCACAGCACAUUUGAGGAUAAUUCGAGCAGAAGAGGUUCUCUGUUUUUGCCGUGCAGACACGGUGAACGGCGCAGCAGUAACAUCAGUCAGGCCAGUAAAUCAUCAAGAAGGCUGACAGCAUUUCCAGUGAAUGGGAAGAUGCAGAGUGCUGUGGAUUGCAAUGGAGUGGUUUCCUUAGUGGAUGGACCACCAGGUCUGUUGUCGCCUACUGGACAACUUCUGCCAGAGGUGAUAAUAGAUAAACCAACAUCUGAUGGCAAUAGCACCACUACAGAAACGGAAAUAAAAAGGAGGCGUACAAGUUCGUAUCAAAUACCAGUGGAGUUGCUGGAGGAUCCCAAUGUAAGGCAAAGGGCCAUGAGUAUAGCUGACAUUAUCACAAAUACAAUGGAAGAACUUGAAGGAUCCAGACAAAAAUGUCCACCUUGCUGGUCCAAGUUUGCUCAGACUUUUUUAAUUUGGGAUUGUUGUGAGCCCUGGUUAAAAGUAAAGAGUGUAGUUGAAUUUAUUGUAAUGGAUCCACUUGUUGAUCUGGCUGUCACUGUGUGCAUAGUUUUAAACACGUUAUUUAUGGCCAUGGAACAUUAUCCAAUGACUGAAGAUUUUGAGAAUGUACUUAAAAUAGGAAAUCAGGUUUUUACUGGAAUUUUUGCAGCUGAAAUGGUUCUCAAGAUAAUUGCCAUGCAUCCUUUUUAUUAUUUCCAAGUUGGCUGGAAUAUUUUUGAUAGUUUUAUAGUUACUCUUAGUUUGGUGGAGCUUUUUCUGUCAAAUGUGGAUGGAUUAUCUGUUCUCCGGUCGUUCAGAUUGUUGCGAGUUUUCAAGUUGGCAAAAUCUUGGCCAACUCUAAAUAUGCUGAUUAAGAUUAUGGGCAACUCAGUGGGGGCUCUGGGGAAUCUGACCCUGGUGCUGACAAUCAUUGUGUUCAUUUUCGCUGUGGUUGGGAUGCAGCUGUUUGGGAAAUACUACAGCGAUUGUGUCUGCAAGAUCUCUGACAACUGUAAACUUCCACGCUGGCACAUGCAUGACUUUUUCCACUCUUUCCUGAUUGUAUUCCGAGUGCUGUGUGGAGAGUGGAUAGAAACGAUGUGGGACUGCAUGGAGGUCGCUGGCCAAGCCAUGUGCAUUACAGUCUUCAUGAUGGUCAUGGUGAUUGGAAACCUGGUGGUGUUGAACCUUUUUCUGGCCUUGCUGCUGAGUUCGUUUAGUUCAGACAAUCUUGCUGCUACAGAGGAAGAUAAUGAAAUGAACAACUUGCAGACUGCUGUUGCAAGAAUUAAGAAUGGAAUAGAUUAUCUGAAGAAAAAAGCAGGUGAAUGUGUCCGAAAGUCUUGUUUGAGAAAACAAGCUGUUGUAAAUCAAAGAACAGCAACAGAUCAGUUGAAUGAUGAGAGAGACCACUAUACUUCCAAGUGUACCAUCCCUGAACUAAGGAUAGAUACAAAUUAUCACAAAAAUGAGAAUGGAAUGGCCACUGUUAUAGGUGGCAGUGAUUAUACAUCAUUCAUAAACAACCCAAGCCUUACUGUUACAGUACCAAUAGCUGUUGGAGAGUCUGAUUUUGAACAUCUAAACACAGAAGAGUUUAGCAGUGACUCAGAUUUGGAGGAAAGCAAGGAGAAGUUAAAUUUUUCCAGCUCAUCUGAAGGAAGUACAGUUAAUUUAGCUGUCUUUGGAGAAGAAAAAGCUGACACCGAGCCAGAAAAAGCAUCAGAACUACAGGCAUGUUUUACAGAAGGCUGUAUACGGAAGUUUAAAUGCUGUAGAGGCAGUACGGAAAGCACAAAAGGAAGAAUCUGGUGGAAGCUUCGAAAAACCUGUUACAAGAUAGUAGAACACAACUGGUUUGAAACAUUUAUUGUCUUCAUGAUUCUUCUCAGCAGUGGUGCUCUGGCUUUUGAAGAUAUAAAUAUUGAACGGCGCAAGACUGUAAAAAUCAUACUGGAAUAUGCUGAUAAAAUCUUUACUUAUGUCUUUAUUCUGGAAAUGGUGCUAAAAUGGGUGGCCUACGGUUUUCAGACUUACUUCACUAAUGCUUGGUGCUGGCUGGACUUCCUGAUUGUUGAUGUCUCGUUGGUUAGCUUAGUAGCUAAUGCCCUUGGUUUGUCAGACCUUGGUGCAAUUAAAUCCCUCCGAACCUUAAGAGCUUUGAGACCUCUAAGAGCUUUGUCACGCUUUGAAGGCAUGAGGGUGGUUGUGAAUGCUCUUACUGGAGCAAUCCCAUCCAUUAUGAACGUGCUUCUGGUUUGUCUUACAUUCUGGCUAGUUUUCAGCAUCAUGGGAGUAAAUUUGUUUGCUGGCAAGUUCUAUCACUGUGUUAACACCACAACUGAUGAGACAUUCACACCAGAGGAAGUCAGUAAUAAAAGUAUGUGCGAAAAAAUUAACAUGACUACUGGAGGUGUCCGGUGGAAAAAUGUGAAAGUAAACUUUGAUAAUGUUGCAAUUGGUUAUCUUUCUCUGCUUCAAGUGGCAACAUUUAAAGGAUGGAUGGACAUCAUGUACGCUGCGGUUGAUUCUACACAAGCAGAGAGGCAGCCCAAGUAUGAGGACAACCUGUACAUGUAUAUUUACUUUGUUGCCUUUAUCAUCUUUGGAUCAUUUUUCACCCUAAACUUAUUUAUUGGUGUCAUCAUAGAUAACUUCAACCAACAAAAGAAGAAGCUUGGAGGUCAAGACAUUUUCAUGACAGAAGAACAAAAAAAAUAUUACAAUGCAAUGAAGAAGCUGGGAUCCAAGAAACCACAAAAACCUAUACCUAGACCGGUGAACAAAUUGCAAGGUCUGGUGUUUGAUAUUGUAACAAAACAAGCAUUUGACAUUACCAUUAUGGUUCUCAUCUGUCUUAACAUGGUCACAAUGAUGAUAGAAACAGAUGACCAGAGUGAAAUGAUGCAAAAUAUUUUAUACUGGAUUAACUUGGUCUUUGUUGUCCUUUUCACUGGAGAAUGUGUCUUCAAAAUAUUCUCACUCCGUUGUUAUUACUUCACCAUUGGCUGGAAUAUUUUUGAUUUUGUCGUUGUUAUUCUUUCAAUAGUAGGUAUGUUCCUAUCUGAGAUGAUUGAGAAGUUCUUCGUGUCCCCUACUUUGUUCAGAGUUGUAAGACUUGCCAGAAUCGGUCGAAUCCUGCGCCUCAUUAAAGGCGCCAAGGGAAUCCGCACUCUGCUUUUUGCUUUGAUGAUGUCUCUUCCUGCUCUGUUCAACAUUGGUCUGCUGCUGUUUCUGGUCAUGUUCAUCUAUGCCAUAUUUGGCAUGUCCAACUUUGCCUAUGUGAAGAAGGAAGCUGGUAUAGAUGACAUGUUCAAUUUUGAAACGUUUGGCAACAGCAUGAUUUGCCUGUUCCAGAUCACCACCUCUGCUGGCUGGGAUGCUUUGCUUGCCCCAAUCCUGAACAGUGGGGAGCCCGACUGCGAUCCCCAUAAAGAUCAUCCGGGGAGCUCUGUGAAAGGUGACUGUGGCAACCCUUCUGUUGGGAUCUUUUUUUUUGUCAGCUACAUCAUCAUCUCCUUUCUGGUAGUGGUGAACAUGUACAUUGCUGUGAUUUUGGAGAACUUUGGUGUUGCUACUGAAGAAAGUGCUGAACCCUUGGGUGAGGAUGACUUCGAGAUGUUCUAUGAGGUUUGGGAAAAAUACGAUCCCGAUGCAACACAAUUCAUAGAAUUUAGCAAAUUGUCGGAUUUUGCAGCUUCUCUAGAUCCUCCUCUUAAUAUACCAAAACCAAACACAAUUCAGCUCAUUGCGAUGGAUCUGCCCAUGGUGAGUGGUGACAGAAUUCACUGCCUUGACAUCCUGUUUGCUUUCACAAAGCGUGUUUUAGGGGAAAGUGAUGAGAUGGAUGCCCUCAGAAUACAGAUGGAAGAUCGGUUUAUGGCAGCCAAUCCUUCUAAAGUCUCCUAUGAACCAAUUACAACCACACUGAAACGAAAACAUGAAGAAGUGUCUGCUGCAAUCAUUCAGCGUGCUUACAGACGUCAUCUUUUAAGGCAGUCAUUAAAGAAACUUUCAUUUAUAUAUCGGAAAGAUGAGGUUGAUCUGCUUAUCAAAAAAGAUAUGAUUAUUGGUAAGCUAAGUGAAAACUCACCCCCAGAGAACAUGGAUAUGUCUGCAUCCACCAGAGCUCCACCUUCUUAUGACAGUGUAACAAAACCAGAAAAAGAAAAAUACGAAGAUGACAAAUCAGAAAAAGAAGACAAGGGAAAAGACAGAAAAGGAAAUAAAAAGUAAAAAGCAGAGAGGUUGUCCAUGAUAAAUGCUAACAAGCCUGAGAAGAUGACAUUUUUAUCAAUAGCAUUCUUAUUGGAACAUUAUGCCAAAAUUACAAGUUUUUACAUAUUUGCCCACUGCUAUAGUCAGUGCCUGUACCAAGACUAUGACCCUUCACUGGUAAACUCUCAAUUUGUAACAGGGAAACAAACCUGCAGAACAAUCAUUUUGAUUAUCAGCUGUCAUUAACAGAGAGGAGACAAAAAAUUUGUACUUGGACUGUAGGAACCCUUAACAGAGUGAAAAAUUACCAAUCCUUAUAAGCGUGUAUUUUUGUGGAAUAAGUGUAUCCACCGAGUACAUUUCAUCUCCUGCAUUCCAUGCAUGUCAGGGGCUUCUUUUUGUCGUCGUAUUUGCUUUAAUCACACACAGCUAUCAGUAAUUCUGCUGCGUGAGAAAAAAAUCUAAAUACAUUUUAUUUAGAUAAAUGCUAAAUGCUAAGUAAUACUCUGUAUGCAGAGAAACAUAAAUGUCAGAAUAUGUGAUUAUAACAUCAUAAUAUGAGCAUAGUUCUCUUGAAGCCAACUCUAAACACAGAAAAACUAAGAUCCCAGAUUGUUGAACCUCACGAUCUAGA